CUUUGUAUUGUUCCGCAGUAUCAGGCAAUACGGUGACCGCAGACUUCUCAACACCGUAAAUGAUGAUUUUCUAUAUUAACGAGUGUCGCACAGCGUAGACUUGUUUUCGUGAACACGAUAUUGAUUCUACGCGUUGACGUUCUAAUUAUUAUUUUUACGUCGUAAUUUUUCCACAAUAUUUUUACUAGCGGUCAACUUUCUGCGAUUCGCAGUUGUACGAAUAGUCCGGUACUCGUGUUAUACUAUCAUGUCCUAUAUAAUAUUAUUGUAGAUGACAUCGAUAUUAAAAAGUAUUAUUGUGUAUAAUAUAUAUGAUAAAUGAUUUCUUUGAACUAUGAACGAAUAAGAAGACGAUAUUGUAAAAAAGAACUCGAUUCUAUUUUUAAAAUCAUAGUGAACUAUCAAAUAAAAUACGUUCCCAAUCAUAGUGUUACAUGUACAAAGCAUUACGUUUUAAAACCGAUUUUAUGUCGUUUAACUAUUAUACAAUCCAACGAAUCGUAUAGAAAUAGUCUAAAAUUACUAUGAUAGAUUUAAAAUUGGAAAGUUUAUUUUGUUAUUAUUGUUAUCUAACUGGUUAUUAUAUAUAUAUAUAUAUAUAUCUAUAUAUUUAUUUUUUUUUUAGUAAAUUACUUCCCUAUAUAUAAGUACGCUCGGUUGGGAUCCUUUUUACAGUUUCAGUCGCUUUGAUCUUUAGUCGGUUUCGAGUCAGUAUCCAGUUAUCAACUACCCACACUCAAUAUAAUAUACGAGUAUAAUAAUGGACGUUAACGCUAAGAUUCUGCUUACCACUGUCUAUGUUGUUCUCAUGGCGCUCAGAUCAUUUGGUCAAUUUGGAAACAGAUACCUCCAAAGGGGCAUUGCUCAUGAGUUUGACGGAUUCGAUCAAGGAAAAUAUUUGGGUCAAGUAUUCCCAUAUUCUCAAAUAAAUAGUCAAGGUUACAAUUUAGGGUGGAGUGGAUACCAAGGAGGAAACAGUUUCAAUCCGUAUCAAAAACUAGGAUACGGAUACCAAAACCCAGGAUACAGUGGAGGCUUAGGAUUCACAGAUGGCGGUCAACUAUUCGGUGUCCAGCAACCAGUAAAUUUCAUUGGUAAUAAUCAACGAUUUAGGUUAUAAAUAAAAAAUACUUUGUCUG